GCAAUAAUUGGUCAAGUUGAAGUGUCUUUCUCUUACACAGAGCAGCUUACUGAGUUACGACAAGAGUUUCUAAGACAGGAUGAUCAGCUACAGGAAUACCGGAAUAACUCUACAACCUUGCAGAAGAAAUUAGAAUAUGAAAGCCUGCAAUGUGGUCAACAGAUUAGGGCACUGAAAGAACAGUGUGAAGAGAAGUUGAAGACUUUAGGAAAAAUGCAUAACCAGCCAGCAAAGCAUGAAGACUCCAUUAAACAAAACCAGUCCAGAGAGGAGGAUGAGCAAGUAAAUAAUCACCGGAAAUCUGACUGGGAUUACAACAAAGCCAAAAUAAAUCUUGAGAAGCAGACUGCUGACAGCAAUAAACUUAGUAUCAAUCUUAAUGGAGAAAACCAACAGCAGCCUCACCGAGAUGAUGGCAAGAGAUUACUAAAUCCAGGUAAAACGGAUGAUGAUGCUGGUAUGCCUGGGAUAGAAGAAAAUGAACAUGCCAAACCGAUGGAUCUUUUGAUUGAUCACAAGAGAAACAAAUUGCUGCUUGAAGAAAUUGAGAAACCUGGGUCUAGGGUUGGUGGGAUUCUUGGAGAAAAGUUGAAUAUGGAGGCUGGAAUUAAACCUGUCCGACAUUUUGAGAGGGGCCCAGCAAUGCAGGCCCCCCCUCCAAUCCAGGCUCAUUCAUUUGAUAAUGAACAAAAUAUUGUAAAACCUGGGAGAUCACUUGUAGUAAAUAUGCCAAGUCCUGUAGACCAAGAGGAGCCAAAUAAUGCAGAAGAUGAAAAUCUUCGUGUUAGAGCCGAUGAAAUUGGAGAAUCUCAGAAUCACCAGCCAGUUCUGGAUAGACAACAUCAAGGGAAACCGAUACAUCAUUUAGCCAAGGAACCUGCUAUGCAGCCACCACCUAAUCAAGCUCUACACUUCCCUGCUGGCCAAGCCUUUUCAAAUCCUUUUGAUCAUCAUGGUGGGAAAGGACAUGAAAAAGCCAAUGAGCCAGGAGAUCAUCCUAAAAGUCAACAAGGCCAGUUCUUUGAUGAAAAUGAAUCCCCAGCUGAUCCGCAGCAUGACUCUAAAGUGGCGGAUUAUAAUGGGGAUGAUGGUAAUGUGGGUGAGUACGAGGCAGACAAGCAGGCCGAAUUGGCUUACAAUGAGGAAGAGGAUGGUGAUGGUGGGGAAGAAGACGUCCAAGGUGAGCUUGGGCCUUAUUUCCUUGAAAUUGAGAGCUGUGCUAAAUCUGUGUGUUAUCUGCUGAAUACCUGCUUUAUGGCUCCAAAGGACAAGUUUAUAUUUGGUCAGACUGGUAUCUUUUUCCAGUCUGCUUUGUUUACAUUCUUAAACCAUAUGCAUAUUUUAUCACACUAGUUCUAAAUAUCCAAA